CACGUCAUCGGUGGAAGUUGAACUAGGAGUAUUUAAUGGAGUAAUAAACUUUACGAAGUUAUAUACACUGUCAAUAUAGUACUCAUCUUCACGGAUUGACAAUGACACCAAAAUCAAAGCCAACAAUCUCCUUAAGGUUUAGUAGUACGAGUACUAAAAUUUAUCAAUUCCCCGGCUGAUCGAAACAACUUAUAGCUGCUAAAUGUCUAUGGCUUUUUAACCAAAGAGAACACAUGACAAAAGAUGUUAGUCAAAUUUUAGUACAAGAAAAUAUAUCUGAUGACCUUCUCAACGUUUUGCAUAGGCAAUAUAAUAACGAUCACUCAUCAUUUCUUGUUCCAUUGAAUUGGGAAGGAAGAGAAUGAACAUUUCCUCGGUUUUACCUCUAUUUCUAAUUUUGUGCUACAUAAGUGCCCAACAAUGUUACGCAGGGGAAGCAGAUGUUCUACGUGAAUUUCUCAAGGCUCGGCGAACAAAAACAAGAAAUGUUAUGAGUCAAGGCCUAGCUGUUGCUGAUAAACAGAUAUCAGUGUCAAAAUUCAUAGUGCCACAGGUAGGAUCAAAGAAAAAUGACAAGAUCUCGGCAUUGCCAGGGCAACCAAAAGGCAUCAAUUUUGCACAAUAUUCAGGAUAUGUAACUGUUGAUGCUAAUGCUGGUAGAGCUUUGUUCUAUUACUUUGCAGAAUCAUCUAAUGACCCUUCUACCAAGCCUCUUGUUUUGUGGCUAAAUGGAGGACCUGGUUGCUCUUCAUUCGGGAAUGGAGGGAUGGCGGAACUUGGACCAUUCCGCGUCAAUGAAGACGGAAAAACAUUGUGGCUCAACCCAUUUGCCUGGAACAAAGUGGCAAAUGUCCUGUUUUUAGAAUCACCAGCUGGUGUUGGAUUCUCUUAUUCUAAUACAUCAUCAGAUUAUACCACUGGUGACGAAAAAACUAGACAAGACAGUUUCACAUUUCUCGUCAAUUGGAUGGAAAGAUUCUCAGAAUAUAAAAAUCGCUAUUUCUACAUUAUUGGGGAGAGUUAUGCUGGUCACUAUGUACCUCAACUUGCUCAAUUGAUCUUAUCUCAGAAGAAAACAAAACACAACCUUGUCAUCAACUUGCAAGGAAUAGCUACUGGAAAUGCCCUCCUUGACGAUGAAACAUGGAAUAGUGGUUCAUACGACUUUUAUUGGACACACGCACUAAUAUCAGAUGAAGUCCAUGAUGGAAUUGUCAAGAAUUGCAACUUCUCGACAGAAACGUCUACCUCAGAAGCUUGUGACAAGUACACAAGUGAAGCAGAUUCAUGUCAAGGCAAUAUAUAUAGUUAUAACACAUAUUCCCAACUCUGCAACUCCUCUUCCUAUACUUCCCUUCCUAUAGAUGGAUUUGAUCCAUGCUCAGCUGAUUACGUAGAGAAUUACCUCAACACUGCUGAAGUGCAAAAGGCACUUAAAGUCAGAGAUAUACCCCAUUCCUGGGAGUCUUGCAGUGAUGACAUAGGCGGCUAUUGGCAAGACUCCCCGAAUACUGUUCUACCAAUCUUCCAAGAACUCAUGCAAAGUGGCAUCAGAGUUUGGAUUUAUAGUGGAGACGUAGAUCAUAUUUUGUCUGUAACGACAAGUAGAUAUGCUAUCAACAAAAUCAAAACACCAAUUAAAACGGCAUGGUACCCAUGGUUCUUCAAUGGGGAGGUUGGUGGUUACGCAGUAGAAUACCAGAACUUAACAUUUGUGACGGUCAGAGGAGCAGGACAUCUCGUGCCAAGCUAUCAACCUGGCCGUGCAUUGACCAUGUUCUCGUCCUUCAUCAAUGGCACACUCCCUCCUGUUAUCGUUGAGUUAUCACUCACCAUUUCUUGUUUCAUUAAAUCAGGAAGGAAGAGAAUGAACAUUUCUUCUGUUUUAAGUGUAAUUCUAAUUUUGUGCUACCUAAGUGCCCGACAAUGUUACGCAGGGGAAGUAGAUGUUCUACGAGAAUUUCUCAAGGCUCGAAGGACAAAAACAACAAAUGUUAUUAGCCAAGGCGUAGCGGUUGCUGAGAAACAGAGAUCAGUGUCUGAAUUCAUAGUGCCACAGGUAGGAUCAAAGGAAAAUGACAAGAUCUCGGCAUUGCCAGGGCAACCAAGUGGGAUCAAUUUUGCUCAAUAUUCAGGAUAUGUGACUGUUAAUGCUGAUUCUGGUAGAGCCCUAUUCUAUUACUUGGCAGAAUCAUCUAAUGAUCCUGCUACAAAGCCUCUUGUUUUGUGGCUAAAUGGAGGACCUGGUUGCUCUUCAUUCGGAAAUGGAGGGAUGGUGGAACUUGGACCAUUUCGCGUCAAUAAAGAUGGGAAAACCUUGUGGCUCAAUCAAUUUGCCUGGAACAAUGUGGCAAAUGUCCUGUUUUUAGAAUCACCAGCAGGUGUUGGAUUCUCUUAUUCUAAUACAUCAUCAGAUUAUACUAGUGGAGAUGAAAAGACUAAACGAGACAGUUUCACUUUUCUCGUCAAUUGGAUGGAAAGAUUCCCAGAAUAUAAAAACCGUGAUUUCUAUAUUGUUGGGGAGAGUUAUGCUGGGCACUAUGUUCCCCAACUUGCUCAGCUGAUCUUAUCCCACAAGAAAUCAGAACCCAACCUUGUCAUUAACUUGCAAGGAAUAGCUACUGGAAAUGCCCUCCUCGACGAUGAAACUUCAAACAGUGGUUCAUACGACUUUUAUUGGUCACACGCACUAAUAUCAGAUGAAGUCCAUGAAGGAAUUAUAAAGAAUUGCAACUUUUCAACAGAAACAACUAUCUCAGAAGCUUGUGAUGAAUUCACAAGCGAAGCAGAUUCAUGUCAAGCCAAUUUAUAUGAUUAUAACACAUAUUCCCAGCUCUGCAACUCCUCUGCCUAUACUUCCCUUCCUAUAGAUGGAUUUGAUCCAUGCUCAGCUGAUUACGUAUUUAAUUACCUAAACACUGCUGAAGUGCAAAAGGCACUCAAUGUCAGAGAUAUACCCCAAUCCUGGGAAUCUUGCAGUGGCAUCUCUUGGGAAGACUCCCCACAUACUGUUCUACCAAUCUUUCAAGAGCUCAUGCAAAGUGGCAUUAGAGUUUGGAUUUACAGUGGAGACAUAGAUCAUAUUUUGCCUGUAACGACAAGUAGAUAUGCUAUCGACAAAAUCAAAACACCAAUCAAAACGGCAUGGUACCCCUGGUUCUUCCAAGGAGAGGUUGGUGGUUAUGCUGUAGAAUACCAAAACUUGACAUUCGUGACAGUACGUGGAGCAGGACAUUUCGUGCCAAGCUAUCAACCUGGCCGUGCAUUGACCAUGUUUUCAUCCUUCAUCAAUGGGACACUCCCUCCUCGUUUCAAUUAAACAGAAGAUACAUUGUGAAAAAGGGAUUGCUGGUUUCACAUGGAAUAGAUUUUGUAGAAUUAAUAGUUAUUUCAUUACCGUUGUAUUGUUUGUAUUCGAGCACGAGAGGGCUUAUGAUUCCUUUCUGUAUGUCAAAUUAAAAAUAUGAAAUAUUUAAUUUGGACGAUUUUUGAUGCCUUUUCAUAUGUCUUUCAUCAAAUCUUUCAAGUGUUUAAAUUAGUACUCGAUAUGGUUAAAAUUAUG